AUGAUGUUUCCAAAGGCACUUCUCCUCGUCGGAGCAGCAGCCACGCAGCUCUGCUCCGCCGCCGCCAACACGCUCACCGCCCUCCACCAGUUCCCCAACGGCACAUCCGUCGAGAACCUGGCCGUGCGCUCCAACGGCGCCAUCCUCGUCACCCUCCUCUACCAAGCCCAGGUCCUGGAAAUCACCCCGGGCGACGCCGCAACCACCACCACCCCCAAGCUCGUCCACGCCUUCUCCAACACCACCCGCCUCAACGGCAUCUCCGAACUCGGCCCCGACACCUUCGCCGUCAGCGCCAACCACAACACCAUCUACACCCUCUCCCUCCCCCCCACUGGCGACGCGCAAGUGUCCAAAGUCGUGACCAUCCCCGCCGCCAGCUUCCUCAACGGCCUCACUACCCUCAACGCCACCGCCGGCACCGUCCUCGUCGCCGACACCACCGUCGGCGCCAUCUGGCGCGUCGACACCGCCACCGGCGCCUUCGCCAUCGCCCUCCAGCACGACUCCAUGGCGCCGCCCGCCGUCACCAACGGCACUUCCACCAUGGCGCUCGGCGUCAACGGCGUCCGCUUCGACGCCACCAACGCCUACGUCUACUACACCAACACGGGGCGACAGCUCUUCUGCCGCGUCAAGGUCGAUCCCGCGACUGGAGAGGCGGUCGGCGAAUACGAGACCGUCUUGCAGGGGCUCGCGGGCGAUGACUUCGCCGUCGUGGACGGCGGCGACGCGGCGUUUGUGGCGUCGAGCGGGAAUGGGGGCGUGGUGGAGAGGGUGUAUCUCAAUGGGACGACCGAGGUGGUGGCCGAGGGCGUCGCCGGAGCCACGUCGGCGGCGUUUGGGAGGGCGGAUGGCGAUCAGGGUGUGUUGGGACUGCUCAACAGCUUUGGCGUCUUUCAAACAUACUACGAGGACCACCUCAAAGACUCGUCGCCGUCUGCCAUCUCCUGGAUUGGCUCAGUGCAGGUCUUCUGCCUGAUGUCCGUCAGCGUCUUCGUCGGACCCCUUUACGAUGCGGGCCACUGCAAAGCACUACUUGUCGCUGGUACUUUCCUGGUGACCCUGGGCUUCAUGAUGACAAGCAUCUGCAAAGCCUACUGGCAGAUCCUUCUUGCUCAGGGCAUCUGCAUGGGCCUCGGUACAUGCUGUCUGCAGAUACCAUCCAUUGCCGUCGUCCCCAAGUAUUUUGUAAAGCGACGAGCCCGUGCAAUGGCCCUGGCCACCGUCGGAAGCAGCCUUGGUGCCACAAUAUACCCUCUCCUGUUCCAGAAUCUCCAGCCGCGCAUCGGCUUUGGAUGGACCGUCCGUAUCAUGGGCUUCAUCUGCUUUGCCCUAUGCUCCUUUUCUGUUGCUGUCAUACGGCCGCGUCAGAUGGGCCCGAAGAAGAGCUUCUCCCCACGACGCUUCAUUGACCCGACUGCUCUAAAGGAACGCACCUUCGUCAUUUAUACCAUUGCAAUCUUCUUCAGUAACGUCGCAUACUUUGAGCCCAUCUUCUACCUGCAAAGCUAUGCUUUGGCGCAUGGCAUGCGCAACCAGAACCUCGUCAACUAUCUCCUCUCGAUCCUGAACGCCUCUUCCAUCCCGGGCCGAAUUGUUCCCUCGUUCGUCGCAGACUGGAUUGGUUCCCUCAGGUGCUACAUCAUGAUAUCCGCUCUCAGUGGCGCCAGUAUACUCUAUUGGAUCAGCGUGACCAACACCGCCGGCAAUGUUGCCUUUUCUGUGCUGUACGGCUUCUUUUCGGGGGGAGUUGUUUCGCUCGCUCCGGUAGUUUUGACACACAUCACGCCGGACCUUGGUCUUCUCGGUACGCGUCUGGGAAUGGUGUCGGUCUUGAAGGGAAUAGGUUCGCUUAUCGGCCCGCCUAUCUCUGGAGCACUCCUCAAGGCCACGGGCAAUUACCUUGGGCUACAGCUUUUCGCUGGUUUGUCUUUGAUAGUCACGGCUUUCUUUUCUCUUUAUUUAUACUACAUCAUCCAUCGCUAA